CUGUAAGGAGGCUUUAUUGAAAUUGUAUAGAACAAGACUGAAGGAUGAUGUGAAGAGUAUGCUAGAAAAUUUCGAAGAAAUUGUGAAACUUGCCAAAGGAGAACAUGACACCCAGUUAUCUAGGAUGACACAAUGUGAGCAAGAUACUUUUGAGAUGCAUGUCCGAGCAGCUAAUAUUGUUCGAGCUGGAGAAUCCUUGAUGAAAUUCUCAGUCUCAGAUAUCAAACAGUAUCUGAUUUUGAAUGAUUUCCCCUCAGUUAAUGAAGCUAUUACGCAAAAUUCAAAACUUUUCAGGACAAAGCAAGCUGAAUGUGACCAGAAACUAAUGUCUUUGAGAGAUGAUAUUGCAGCAGAUUUGUAUGACUUGGAAGAAGAGUAUUACAGUAGUAUAAAUAAGUGAACUGUGAUGAGCAACAAUAUUUGUUGUAAAUAUAUCGUAUUUAUUCUAAAA